UGUGGCAACUCUAUGAGGUGGCCUUAUACUGCUUCAACAGGUUGCUUUUGCAACUUUUCACAUCUCAAGAUGCAGGAAGACGACUUAAGUGAAAAGGGUCUGUUUGUUGCAUCUAUUAUGAGUAGAGUUAGAGACCUAAAAAGCAAAUAUAAAAAUGAGGAUAAUAUUACAGAUGAACUUAACUUUACUAAAGCAUCAACUGAUACCACAGAUAAUUCUGGAACUGUUAAUCAGAUUAUGAUGACCGCUAAUAAUCCUGAAGACUGGUUGAGUUUCUUACUCAAAAUGGAGAAAAAGGGUACUUUUCGGACUGACACGAGCUUACUGAAUAGAUUGAUUGGUCGUUACAGCCAAGCAGUUGCAGCACUGUCAGCAGAAAAAUAUAGCCAGAAUGAAAAUUAUGCUCACAUUCUGGUUAGAUUUGCAGAACUGAAAGCCAUUGAAGAACCAGAAGAAGCACGUGAUCAAUUCCAUCUUGCUAGGUUGAACUGCAAGAAAUUUGCUUUUGUCCAUGUAGCUUUUGCACAAUUUGAACUUUCACAAGGAAAUGUUAAAAAAGCUAAGCAACUGCUUGAAAAAGGUGCAGAAUCAAGAGCAGUUCCAGCAGAAAUGUUAGAAAUUGCUCUACGAAACUUAAACUUACAAAAACCACAACUACUUUCUGUUGAAGAAAAAGAAAAUUUGACAGCACCAAGCUUGCACAAUAUAACUGGAAACUUCCAGAAUAAGAAAAAAAAUACUGAUUUUAGUGAGAUUACUGGCAGUAUUCCCAAUUUUUUCCCAGGGGAGAAAAAUGAUUCCUCAAGAGAGACUGAAUUGGUUUUUGGUGGACGUAAACCAUUAACACAAUUAAAUAAGUCUAAUCAGAUAUGUACCUUUGGGAGAGUUCCUCUUAAAUUAAUAAAUGAAAGUGACAGUGAUACAGAUGACUCUCUGAAGAUAGAAAUUCCGACCAAUGUUGCAAAAAGGCAAAUAUCUGGUACCAAUUUGAUCCAGCUAUCACAGCCUAAAUCAAAACCUAACAGGAGUGAUUCUUAUCUGCCUGGAGACUUGAAGCCUUUACCAAUUAGAAGUCUUAUAGAAUCAGAUGAAGAGAAUUCAGAAGUAGCUAUCAGUUCAACACUAACAUUAAAGGAGAAAUAUGAUCCCAUCUAUGUUAAAAAAAGAGAAACUGAAACACUGAAGGAACAGCCAAGAACAACAGAAUCAGCCUGUCUAGAAGGACAACAGCAGCCUCUUUUUUCUCUUGGAAGCAACCAAAAAGAGAAGAAGCAAUUCAAAUUAAAUUGUCUUGCAUCCAAAAAUAAAUGGCCUCACCUUGAAACACAGCAUAAAAGAAACUCAGAGGGAAAAAACUCAAGUUUUGAACAUGCUGCAUUUCCAGUUUCUAAAAGAUGUUCACCGUCAGAGCAAAUUUCACAUACCAUUUCACCAGAGACUGCUUCAGAGAGAAAGAGCCAAGCUUUUGUUGGUGGGACACCUUGCAACAACAUGGUUCAUGAUUAUAUAGCCUGUUUCAGUACUCCAGUUAUAACAAAUGAUUUUCUUCCUAUGGAUAAGGCAACUACACCAUACAACCAGUUUUCAUAUUUGCAACAUUGUACACCAACAACUCCGUUCCAUGUACAGACUGGAUUACAGGUUUCAGCUUCUGUAUCACCAAAUGAAUGCAUUCUUGUUAAAGGAAAAUGGUACUCUGUAUUAAAACAAAUAGGUAGUGGAGGAUCUAGUAAGGUAUUUCAGGUUCUUGAUGAAAAGAAACAGCUUUAUGCCAUCAAAUAUGUACAUCUAGAAGAGGCAGAUCAACAGACCAUAGAAAGCUAUAAAAAUGAGAUUGCUCACUUAAACAAACUUCAGCAACAUAGUGAUAAGAUAAUCCGACUUUAUGACUAUGAAAUCAGUGAGAAGAGUAUCUAUAUGGUGUUGGAAUGUGGAAAUAUUGAUCUUAAUAGUUGGCUUAAAAAGAAAAAGACAAUUAAUCCAUGGGAGCGGAAGAGUUAUUGGAAAAACAUGUUGGAAGCUGUCCACACAAUCCACCAGCAUGGUAUUGUUCAUAGUGAUCUGAAACCAGCAAACUUUCUAUUAGUAGAUGGAAUGCUAAAACUAAUAGAUUUUGGCAUUGCAAAUCAGAUGCAGCCAGAUGUGACUAGCAUUGUUAAAGAUUCCCAGGUUGGCACGAUUAAUUACAUGCCACCAGAGGCAAUCAAAGAUAUGUCUUCCAGUGGAGAAAAUGGCAAGUCAAGAUCAAAGAUUAGCCCAAAAAGUGAUGUAUGGUCGUUGGGUUGUAUUUUAUAUUGCAUGACUUAUGGAAGAACUCCAUUUCAGAAUAUAACAAAUUAUAUAACAAAACUUCAUGCCAUAAUUGACCCUAAUUAUGAAAUAAUGUUUCCCGAUAUUGCAGAAAAGGACCUUCUAGAUGUCUUAAAGAAUUGUUUAGUUAGGAAUCCUAAGCAAAGAAUAUCUGUCUCUGAACUGUUGAUUCAUCCUUAUGUACAUAUACAGUCCAAUUCUCAAACAGGACAUCAAAAUGCAAAAGGAACAACUGAAGAAAUGAAGCGUAUCCUUGGUCACCUUAUUGGCUUGAAUUCUCCUAACUCUAUUUCUAAAGCUGCUAGGACUUUAUAUGAGCAGUGCAACAAUGGUGAAGGUUUAGAUGUCUCUGCUUUUUCAAAUUCUGACAGUCGGACAACCUGGAAAACAAAGUGAUAAAGCCUGAUUUGGCAUAUUUGUCUUGCCACUUAAAAACGUUUUACUUCCUGUGAUAAAUGCUUUCACCGUUUGUAUCGUAUGAAUGUGCCAUACGAUAAAUAAAAUAAAUUCACCUUUUGUUCAUCCAAUAUUUGCUUAUGAAUACUGUGGGACAUCCCUGCUAUAUAAUUUUAACAGGCUGGUCUGCUGUUAUGUUUGGAUAGCAAAUACUUGUGGAUUGGUUGAAUAUCGAAAUUUGGACAAUCUUUGCUGCAAUUCUCAAUAGUGAGAGAAAUAUUCUGACUUGUUUUGACACAAGCUACUACAAAACUCUAGUUUUUGACAAGUAUCUGUCUUUAAGAAUCAAGUCAACUAUUUUCUUUUCUAUCAGAUCCAGCUGUCAUAUUGUUUUUUCAAUUUUGCUGGUGGCAGAUACUAUAAAAGCAGUACUUCAAAUUAUGCUGCUUUUAUACAUUAUUUUAUUCUGUACAUAUUGUCCAGGAUUUUGAUAUGCUAAGUGUACUGAUACAUAAAAUGUUUAACUUUGUAAAUAAAAAAUUAAAAAAAAACUCA